CGUCACACAGCCGAGCUGCUGUUGGGCGGAAGCAGCAGCCGAAACACCCACGGGUGCUCUGCGUAAGUAUGAAGCCCAGCCUCAUUCAGAACUAGCGCUUAUUCCUGCUCGUUAUCUCCCGGUGCAAAUUCGGCCGGACCGUGUCUCACCGGAUUUCUCACUGACAGAUUGUGGAAUGCUGCUGGACGAGUCUCCACUUUUUGAUCCCUCUUUGCUUCGGGAGUUGGACUGGAACAGCAACACCGUGUCCUUCUCGCCUCCGAUCUCACCAUCCAGCCCAGGAGAUGAUCUGGUGCUCAGGCCUCUGUGUACGGCGGAUUUUAAUAAAGGGUUCUUCCAAGUCUUAUCUCAGCUUACUAAGACGGGCGAAGUCACGCCGGAGCAGUUUGUCAGCAAGUUCAAGCACAUGAAGAAGACGGGAGACUACUACGUCGUCGUCGUGGAGGACACAAACCUGGGACAAGUUGUCGCCACGGCCACGCUGAUCAUUGAACACAAAUUUAUUCACUCCUGUGCCAAGAGGGGCCGGGUGGAGGAGGUGGUUGUCAGCGACGUGUGCAGAGGGAAGCAGCUCGGCAAACUGUUGGUGUCAACGCUCACUCUUCUCAGCAAAAAAAUGAACUGCUAUAAAAUCACCCUGGAAUGUGCUCCCACAAACGUGGCUUUCUACCAAAAGUUUAAAUACAGCGCUUCAGACGAGACUUACAUGCAGUGCCGAUUCUUCGACUGAGCAUUGUGGCGUCAAACAGCCACUCAGUUCUGGUGGGGAUGGGAAUGUCAUGCGCCGUUUCUUUUCUUUUUACAUCUGACUUCUGCACUUAUGAUGAGGGUCUUAAGCACUGAUGGGGGUGCUCCCUGGGAUUGCAUUUGAUGUUAAAUCUUAUCCGACAAGGCAUCUUAAUUUCUGAACACUUGAGUAAACGUGUCGGUUCGUUGAAGCUCAGUUUGACAUAAUAAUCCCCCUUUGGUAACCGUUGCUACCUCAACAGGGCGGGUAUCUGCUGUUAUUUUCCCUUCAUGCUGGUCCCUGCAAAUGUAUUGUUUCCUCAUAGAAAAGGAGUAAUUAGUGAGUACAAAAGGGACAACAAACAUAAUAAUUUGACUGGGUUGCUACUGUUAUUAAAAAAAAAAAAUACAAUACUGUAAAAAACAUAAAAUUAGUGUCUUACUACAUGGUAAAACUACAAGUAGUGUUUGUUUGGACACUAUUUCAUGCCCCCCCCCCCCCCCCCCCCAAAAAAAAAAAAUCAAGUUUUAUUUGGUGUAGGAACUACCAUGAGAUCUGGGUUUUGUUUUUCACUUUCUGGUCCGUCUGCUUCUCUCAGCAGUUUCGUUGCUGGACACCUUGAAUGAAGUUUUGAAUACAAGAAGACUGUUAAACUAUUUCCAGUGGAUGACAAAUUUUUUUUUUUAAGAGGCUGUAGGAACAAUCUAAUGAGGCUUUCCUUCCAUUCGGGUAAUAACUGGAUUUAGAUUAUACAUUUUGUAACAAGAAAUGAAUACAAGUGAUUUUUUUUUUUUUUUUUUUUGUAAAUUCAUUUUUUAUUUAAAGAUUUUGUAGUUGAGUUUUAUAAUUGUGCUUUUAUUCUGGGGAACAUAUUUAAAAUAACUUAUUUCCAAAUGUCAAUCCAAUAAAAUAUUCUAUGAUCUGUA